AUGCUUUAUCAGUGCACAGCUGGAGUCCCUCAGGAGUUGUUGGGAGGGAACAGGAUAUCCUGCACUGUCCACCGCGCUACAGAGUUGUGCAGAAAAACAUCAGCUUCUUUCCUGUAGGAUUUGGCAGCCCUUUGUUCUCUCUGUGAUGGUGUCCCAUGGGUCCAGGAUUUACAAGACACUGCUGUAGCAAUCCCAAGGGUGGAGCAUGACUACCUCCAGGCUGUCCAGCAGACAUAAAUGAAUUAAAAGAUAGCUGGUCCACAAAGACUAUCCUGAAUACAAAAUAACCUGAAAGGAUCCAUUAUGGCUUGUGCUGUCAUGCAGUUUUUACAGAAAACCCAAAGCUUUAGGUUCCUGUGGACUCCCUUGACCACAUCCUUCCAAUUCUCUAAAAAAGGCUACAGGGUAUUAGCCCCUCAGAAUUUUUUAAACUAUGAAUCCUUAAAACAACAGUACAAACCAGAGGUGCCAGAGUACUUCAAUUUCGCAACUGAUGUGCUGGACAAAUGGACUGAAAUGGAAAAGGAAGGAAAGAGGCCUACAAGGCUAGCCCUGUGGUGGGUAAACGAUAAAGGUGAUGAGGUGAGGUGGAACUUUGAGGAACUUGGAUUCCGCUCCAGAAAAGUGGCCAAUGUACUCUCUGAGGUAUGUGGUCUGCAGAAAGGAGACAGAGUUAUGCUGCUUCUACCCCGGAUACCAGAAUGGUGGCUAAUAAAUGUGGCUUGCAUGCGAACAGGAACUAUCCUUAUUCCUGGGACAACACAGUUGACAGCAAAAGAUAUUCUCCAUCGAGUACAAACAUCAAAGCCAAAGUGUAUUAUCACUGAUGAUGUUUUGGCACCAGCUGUAGAUUGCAUUGUGUCCGAAUGCCAGUCUUUGCAAUUCAAGCUAAUUGUAUCAGAGGACCAGAGGGAAGGAUGGCUGAACUUUAAAGACCUAUUUACAAACGCUAAUGCUGAUCACAGCUGUGUGACCACGAGGAAUCAAGAUCCAAUGACCAUCUUUUUUACCAGUGGAACAACAGGGGCUCCAAAAAUGACUGAACAUUCCCACAGUAGUUACGGCAUUGGACUGACUGUAAAUGGAAGAUUUUUCUUUACCAGGUACUGGCUGGAUUUAACCUCCUCCGACAUACUCUGGAAUACAUCAGACACAGGCUGGGCAAAGUCAGCUUGGAGUAGCAUUUUUGCUCCAUGGAUUCAAGGGGCAUGUGUGUUUGUACAUAGCAUGCCACGUUUUGACCCAACCACUGUCCUAGAUACUCUGUCCAGAUUUCCCAUCACAACCUUCUGUUCUGCUCCAACUGCUUAUCGAAUGCUUGUGCAGCAUAAUCUGACCAGCUAUAAAUUCAAGAGCCUGCAGCACUGUGUGAGUGCAGGGGAGCCAAUCAACCCGGAAGUGAUGGAGCAGUGGAAAAAGCAAACCGGGCUGGAUAUCUAUGAAGGUUAUGGCCAGACAGAAACGGUGCUGGUUUGCGGAACAUUCAAGGGAAUGAAAAUUAAACCAGGGUCAAUGGGAAUGCCGUCUCCAGCAUAUGACGUUAAGAUUACAGAUGAACACGGCAAUAUUCUGCCUCCUGGAGAAGAAGGAGAUAUCGCCAUCAAAACAAAACCUACGAGACCUUUUUGUCUUUUCACUCAAUAUAUAGAUGAUCCAGAGAGAACUGACUCAACAUUACAAGGGAAUUUCUAUAUCACUGGGGACAAAGGGAUUGUAGAUGAAGAUGGAUACUUCUGGUUUGUUGGAAGAAAUGAUGACAUCAUCAAUUCUGCUGGAUAUCGUAUUGGACCAUUUGAAGUAGAAAGUGCACUGAUAGAGCAUCCAGCAGUAGUAGAAUCAGCUGUUGUCAGCAGCCCAGACCCCAUCAGAGGAGAGGUCGUGAAAGCCUUUGUUGUUUUGGCAUCUGACUAUGUUUCACAUGAUCCAGAAAAACUGAUUCAAGAGCUACAGGACCACGUUAAAAAGGUCACUGCUCCAUACAAGUAUCCUAGAAAAGUGGAGUUUGUUCAACAGUUGCCAAAGACAGUCAGUGGGAAGAUCAGAAGAAAUGAAUUGCGCAAGCAGGAGUGGGGAAAAGCUUAGAAUUAUCUAGAGUUUAUUUUCCAUAAUUUGUUCUUCCAAAAAUAUUAUAUAUUACUGAUGAUAUAUGGUGCAAUUUUUUGUUCUCUUGACCUAUUAGACAUAUUACAAAUUUAGAGCAUCAUCAUGCAUUGUAUGCACAGCUAAAACUUCAUGGACUUUAGUGAACAUUUUGGCUAUGCAAGCAAUGCACGGUUAGAUCCUUGGUGAGCAUUCUUUCCCAUUUGUUCUAGGCAUAAAAAGCCAAAAGCACUUUGUCUCAGUUAAAAAAAACAGUUUUGUUAUUCUAACUCCAGUUGUCUAGUUAUAAAAGCACACUGGAAAACAGUGUACAUAGUAGUAAGCCCCAAACCCAUGUUUCCAAAACUCAAACCUUAGCACUACUACGAACUAGCUAUUAACUAGAAAAGCAUGCUGGGAAAUAGACAUGCAAACAAAAACACUAUUUUUUAAUUCUAUAGUAUCUUCCAACACUGAAACUUGCUAUUCAAGAUAGUCCACAUUUCCAGGCCAGGUCACUAAACAUGUUAAGUUCUGACAGGAUGAUACCAGGAUCCAUGAUUGCAUGUCUGGCCUAAAUCCUACUCCUGUUUAAAAAUUACUAUCUGUGGUAGUGGCUGAAUAUAACAAUUUAAUAGCAAAGUUUGUGUGUUCUUGUGCAUUUCAAUAUCCAAGAUGCUCCUCUAGCUCAGUUAUUCAACAGGGUUCAUGUCCAAGCUCCUCGAGCAAACAAAUUUGAGUGUACUUGCCUGCAUUCAGUUCCUCCUGUGUUCUGGGCAAUCAAGUGUGGUGCAAGGCUUUCCUCAGUUUAAGUGUUAAUAUAUUUAUUAAAAAAAAUCGUAAAGAAAAUUAACCCGCAUAAGCAGUUUUCCGUAUUUGUUAGUUUUAAAUAAUACACAUGCAAUAAGCAUCUCUACUCACUGUUUGCAUACUCCUGGUUCACAGCUCCCAGAUGUUUUUGGUUCAUCCUUUCCACUACAACCAUUUCUCUUUCUAUCAUACAUUUUUAAUGUACCCAUAACCCUGGUAAAUUGGUAAUCUAGGGCUUACACAUACAUUUUCAAGUCAAUGGCUAUGCUUUUGCUUCUAAGCAUUCAUAUUUAAGUUCACAGUAAGCAGUGGUUGGAACUGAUAUAUAAAAAUAUUUUCCCUAAAAUUUCCUUUUAGGGUAGGAAAAUCUUCCCAAAAUUGAGUUUUCACUUAUGAAGAUCCUGGAAUUUAAGUAUUCAUUUUGUGAAAGUGGGUGGAUUUACAAGGUAGUAUCUGUUAUUAAAUGAAGUACAGGUAUCUAAAUUUCUGCCUUGACACAACAUUUGAUUGUCCCAGACACUGUGUAAUGAACAUGAUGUGAGACUAGAGAUAGACUGAUAGAAAAUAAAUGUUACAUCAACUGAAGGGUUAACAUUUUUGCUAUGGUACUUUUAAAUUUAUUGACUUAAAAUGACACAGGAAUUUACGUUUAUCUUUAUUUCAUUUCAGUAAUAAAGACUAUAUAAAAUAAUUUUAAAACUA